AUGUGUGAAUUGUGCCCAACGUCAUACUCUGUCACAUAUUGUGACGUUCCUUCCAUCGUCAACGCCAGCGAAUCCACCUCACCACCAUGUCGCCGUGAUGCCACAUCAUGCAACGUUCACCACCGCAAACAACCCUCGCUGCUCAAAACCGACAACAACCGCCUAACAAACCACACACCACGAAGACAACAACCGCAAAACGGCAACCAGUGCCCAUCAAGCAACAUACAACCCAACACCACCGCCCACGAAAAACGACGAACGACCCCACAAGCGACCAGCGGACCACGACCACCCAAGAACGACGACAAACAGGAGCAAGUCAGGCCACGUUGCAGUCAGCGAUGUGGCAACUAUGUGUCACAGCCGGACGACGACGACGACGUAAUCGUCAUCGUCAUCAUUUCAUGUGAACCACGGACAGGCGCCAAUCAAGGGCGUGACGAGGACACCGAAGGGCGAAAGACGGACGACGACGAGGGCGAACAGAUGAAGGACGACGACGACGACAUCCACAACGGCAAACGGACGACGACGACAGCACAUCCUGAGGCCCGCGACCACCACCUCCACACGGCAAUGAGGGCCAAAUACCCCUCCCUCACUGCCCACCACCCCCUCCCCCUUUCCCUCACUUCCCACUAUUCCCUCCCCCUCACUGCCCACCACCCCUCUACCUCACUGCCCACCACCCUCACCCCUACCUCACUCUCACUGCCCACCACCCUCACCCCUCUCCUUCACUGCCCACUACCCCUCUCCUUCACUGCCUACCACCUUUCCCCCCUCAUUGGCUACUACCCCCUUUCCCCCAUUGCCUACCACCCCCUUGCCCCCUCCCUCAUUGCCUACCAUCCAUUUCCUUCCCCCCCCCUCUUCCCCUCUUUGCCUACCACCCCUCUCUCAUUGCUCACCACCCCUUCCCCUCUCCCUCAUUGCCCACCACUCUCACCCCUGUUCCUCACUGCCUACCACCCUCCUCACUCCCUCUUCCCUUUAUAUAAUAUUUAG